AUGGAGGAAAAGACUCCAAAACGCCCGAAGAACAACUUGAGCGACGAUGAGAGGAAACAACGCGAGAGAACGGCCUCCAUUGCGGGCAGUGAAGAGACCACAUCGACAAUUCCGGAAAAACAACAAGUGAAACGCGAGAAGUCUUCAUCCUCGGAAAUGUCGACCGUUCAAUCUCCCCCUCACUCAUCUCAUCCUCCACCGAUUAUCGCUCCUCCACUUCCACUUCAACUUCCACCAACACCAACACCAACACCAAUGCUCCCGCUGGCUGAGCCGAAAGUUGAACCGAUGGAGGUUGAGGAAAAAGAGUCGCCGACUAUUUCAACGCCGGGAAGCGCCGAGAGACCAAAACUCUUAACAAAGGCAGCUAUGAAAGUGUUCGUUCCGUCCACGAAUGUGCCCACUUCGAUGGUUCCGCCGAAAAGCGAGAAUCCCGUGUCGACUCCGAGCCAGCUAAAGGAAAACCGAUUGGAAGACAGAAAAACAGAAUCAGAUGAUGAAAGAGAACAACAGAAACCCUCAGCAUCUGGUGCACAGAAGACACCCGAAUUGCCAAAGCCACCACUUGCAAGGAAAUCCCCGAUUUUCUCCUCAUCUUCGUCGGAAAUCGAUAGCGACGAGGAAAUGAUUAUAGCCGCUUUGCAAGCACCCGAAUCAGCUGAGCAAUCGCAGGAUUCGGUGGAAGUACCCAUCGAGCUCAAGCCGAAACAACCUGAGACGCAGACCCUCGAGCUUCAAGAGCAAUCGGCUCAGCCUCAACAACACCCUCAAGUCCAACCGAUUCAAAAGAUUGAAGAAAAAGAGCCAGAGAAGCAAGUCGACCCAGUGGACAUUAUCCCAAUCGUUCCACUGAGAGACGACGAGGCUGAAUCGGCGGUGAGCGGUAUUCAGGAUGACUCGGAACCAUACGAAGAACGAGAACCAGUGAGAGUCGAGCCAGUCAUCCCAAUCAUUGAUCAGGAGACGGCGCAAGCGGCCGAGGCGAUUGCGAUAUUUGACGACGAUGAGGAGCCCGAGCCACAGUAUCCCAGUCAUGACUUCAUCGUACAGGCCCCAGAGGAAGAUCCGGGAGUCGAUGAAGAGGCAAAGAGAGCCGCUGAGGCGAUUUUGGACGACGAUCGGUCGAAUGACGCCGAGCCGACGCCGGUAAUUCCACAACAAACGCAAAUGGUCGUCACUUCGAUCAAACAGGAAUCCCCGAUGGUCUCCCCGGUUCCGAUCUCAACUUCGACAAUGACCUUUCCAACUGUUGUCAAGUCUGAGACUCCAACUUCAACACCAACAUCGAUCGAUUCUUUUGCUAUUCAUCAUCAACAAAUGGAAACCGCAAGACAGCAACAGCAGCCUGUCUCACAGCCUCAAAUUUUGCCUACGAUUGCCACAAGCAGUGUAGCCAAUGCGUCAUCGACCCAACCGCGACUUGUUAAAGCCGAGCUAUUGGAGCCUGCGCCUGUCACUUCCACACCAUCUUCCUCAAAUUUCUCGAGUUUUGUCGCCAAGCCGAGCCCAACGCUCAAUUCAACGGUGACCGGAAGUGGCUUCAAUCCGUUUGGGGGAAAGGAACCACCCGCUUUUGGCCCAACAACCUCAGCGAUCGCUUCAUCAGUUCUAUCAUCGGUGGCGAGCACUUCGACUCCUCAAAUUUCUCAAUCUCAACCCCCACCACCAACAUCGGUCAUCCAAUCACAGCCCCAACAACGGCCACCGGUCACUCAAGCUCCGGUCAGCAUCUUGCCGACUACCGCAACACCGACCGUGUCGAGACCGGUGAACCCAGUGCACCAGACUCAACCCAUUCAACAAGCGCAGCAACCACAAGUGCAACCACAACAACAACAACAACAACAGCAACAGCAAGUACAAGUACAGCAGCCGCUCAUUCAACAACAGCAGCCUGUUGUGGCUACAACUGCCCAGAUGGCCGGUCUCACUCAAGGCAUUCCAGUCACUCAACAAGCCGCCUAUCAGCAGUUGCAACACUACCAGCAAUUGCAACAACAGCAACAGCAACAUCAACAGCAACAGCAACAGCAGCAGCAACAAAGGGCUGAAUCCGUUCACAAAGCGGCUCCCUCACCAGCUCCAUCGCCCGUUGUCACCCAGGCUCAGGUUGCACAAGCCGCCCAAGCUGUCGCCCAAGCCCAAGCCCAGGCUCAAGCUCAAGCUCAACAAGCGGCUCAACAACAGCAAUACGCGCUUCAAUAUCAAAUCUUAAGCACGCUCAUCGCUCAAAACCCCCAGCAAUUCAGCCCGCAACAGCUUUUGCAUUUGCAACAACAACAGCAACAACUCGCGCUGGCCAUGCAGCAACGCGUGCACACCGAGAGUCCUGCUAACUUCCUCCAACCGAGCAGCACUCCAUCAUUGGCUCAACAACAACAACAAGCGGCUCAACUUCAGCAGCAGCAACAACAGCAGCAACAGCAGCAACAACAAGAGCAGCAACGAGCUGCUCAGGCAGCACAAGCUGCCCAGGCCGCUGCUCAGCUGAAGAAACAACAGGAAGCCGAGGCUUUGGCUCGCAAGAAAACGAUGGAAGAGGCGACAAAACGCCAGCAACAACUCGCACAGCAACAACAGCAACUGAAAGAAGCGAACGAGAAAUUCCAACAAUUGUAUCUGCAAGAACAACUCUGUCAACAGCAACUCAACCAGCUGGCCCUGGGAAUGCAGACGGCGUUCGCGCAAAACAAUCACCCACUCGGCAUUCAAUACCAGAACGAGCUGCAAAAGAUAAAACAACAACAGCUCCAGAUCCAGUAUCACAUGCAGAUCUACACGCAAUACAUUCAGCAAGCUCAAGCUCAAGCCGUAGCCCAUGUCUCUCCUACGUCAACCCUCUCGGCCAGUUCCACUCCAGCUCCUCAAGUGACCUCAAAACUCGAAACACAACAGGUCCCACUGCAAGCAACCCCGCAAAUGCAACAACAACUUGCCGCCGCCGCUGAUUCCCUCCACCACCCGUUGCAUCAACCGAUGCGAGCUGCCAGUGUCGCCGCGUUUCAAGUUGCCUCAACAUCCGAGUCGACGAUUCCAACCCCGAUGUCUCUCGAGAGUCGCCAGCCACUUCAAGAAGCGAACAGCAAUAUUGGCCAAAAUCCGACCAAGAAAAUGCCCGUCAUCUGGCAGGGAACGUUGGCGAUGAAAGCGCACGAGGCACAAGUUCAAAUGCAUCUGUUGGCCGGAUCACCCGAAUAUGUGGCCAGAAGCAUUGGCAACACGCAAUUGGUGAGCGGACUGUGUCUACGGAUAAAUCAACGAAUGCGUUGCGUGCCCGAGCAAAUACAAAGUGUUGUGAGCAAGCUGGAGGACGCGACGAACACGGCAAUGUUGGUGUGUUUGCCAGUCGGCGAAACGAGGGAAGAGCUGCAGCUGUCGCAAUCGAUAUUCGAGACGGCUUUCAUCGAGUAUUUCACGCAAAAAGCCGCUGCUGGCAUUGCGAAUGUGCCGCAUACGGAGCACACAUCCGCUUGUGUUGCGCACGUUUUCCCGCCGGGCGAUUUCGCGAAUCAUUACCUCAAGCACUACUCGAAAGAUUUCUACAAUACGAUGCUCAAGAAAAAGAUCCGCUACCUCGUCGUGAUCAUCACCCCGGAGGAUGGACAGAACGCCGUGCCCGUUCAA